CUGCCGAAAUGCGGAAGAAAUAAAUAAAUAAUUUUGAAAAGGCCGUCAGAGUAACGCGAUCCGCUGCAGUUCCUCUCCAACUCCAAGGGAAUCUCCGCCGAGGUCGAGCAAAACCGGGUCGGAAGGGCAUUACGGUCACUUCGCGCCGCCCCGCACCGGACGCUGCUCCCGCUCCUCAUUUUGAAAGCAUCGUGCAUUCCCCGUCUCCUCGCCAGUCUAGGGUUUCCGGUACUCGAAAUCGCCAUGAAUGGCCACUGAGCUCGAGCGCCCACACGUCGAAGAUCCCUUCGCGGAUUGCUCCGUCCUCUCUUUCCUCUCUCAAACCCUUGGAACUCAUCUCCAUGCCCCGGAGGCGGAGGAAGAGGAAGACCGAAAUCUCUUCACGUCCAUGGCAUUGAAGGGCUCGAAGGAGUUUCUGGAACAGGCGCAACAAAUCAAGAAGAGUUGUUCCAACUUUCCAAGUCCACAUUCUGAGUAUGGAGACAAAGCCAUUUCUGCAGAUGUCAAGGACCGUCCCCAAGGACGAAGACCAGCAUUGGGUCGAAAACGGGCUCAGUUUUCUUUAAAGCCUAACUCAAGCCAUUCUGUGCCAAAAAUGGACUUUGAUUCUGGUUUUGAUCACAUUGAAGACCCAGAAGAGUAUUUCUUGGCCUUUGAGCAGCUUGAAAAUGCUGAUAAAGAAUUGAAGAAACUGAGGGGAGAGGUUUAUACUGAUCUGCUCGAGCAUCACCAGUCCCCAACAGCUCGCAAGCGUCGUCCUGGAAUUUUGGGGAAGACAGCAAGCUAUAAACAUCAUUUUCCCGCUAAAGUUGAUACUGCCCAGGCCUUCAGGGAAUCACAACAAGAAAUUUCUGAUAAAAGAACUUUUAGCCCAUCCAGCACUUCGAUUAUUGCAGAGUCAAGUAAUAUUUUGCAUCCUAGAACAGUUGACCAACGUGUCACUUCACAAUCCAGGAAAACAAAUAGUGAACUCCUUGAUGCUAAAGAAAGACAAGGUUCUGUGACUCACAAGGAGAAAAAUGUUAAUGAUCUUUUAGAUAAAUUAUUGAUUUCAUUUAAAGAUUUGGAUGAAGGUGAAGGGGCAACUCUGCUGCGGGAGAGCUUGCAUAUCAAGUCAAUUAAUGUAGGCAAAGUGUGUCUCCCUGAAUUGCAUACUGUUCAGAAGAAUGUCACUAGAACACUUGAGGGUAGAGUGAUGAGAAAGGAGUUAGAGGGCCGCCAACUUUCACAAAAUUCAUCAACUCUAGCAAGAAGUCCGCUUGCUGCAAUUUCAAUCUUGCAGAGGCGCAUUUCGCCGAAAGAUCCAUUGGAAGAUCCAUACUCAGGGCCUCCUAUUAAUGAUGCACCAAUUUUCAGAGAUUCUUCUAGACGUAAAGGUGAAGAUGAGAACUCUCUUUCACCUCCUGCUGAUAUUGGCCAUCAUGAUAGGAAUGAUUCAAUUGCUGGUGAUGCUUCCAGGCCAGUGAUGGUAAAUGGCAAAAGAUUGUGUUUGGUGGAUAAAUUGAACACACCAGUUUCUGGAGAAGAUAGAACUGUUGACAAUAAGAUCACAACAGAAGAAAAGCUAACAGAAUAUUCCCCAUGCUUGCUUGAAAAUGCCACGGAGCAAAGCAACAAUAAAUUUGAUAAUGACAAAGAUGCAUCUGGUGGACUUGAUGGCCAUAUGGAAGAGGAGGGCAAUGAUAUGCAGCUGGAUGCUUUAAUCUCGGAUCAGCCAGAUACUGGAGUUGAAUAUCCAACUUCUGGUUGUAAGGUUCCCAUUGGAAGAGAAGGCUUGGCUCGUCCACAGGGUAGCGACAUGCCUCAAAAUCAUAGUAGUUAUGGAAUUGAUGUUGAUGCUAACUUCCAUGGUCCUGAUGACAUUUUGCAAGAUGAGGCAACCAUUCCGGCACAGGAAGUGGUAGUUGGUAUGGAGGCUUCUAAAGAUAACUCCAAUCUUCCGACAACGGUCCUUCCAAUGGAUGUGCAAUCAGAAAAUGCACGUGUCUUACCAGAAGAAAAUAAUGAGAGACAAGGUCUUCAGGGAGCUUCUGGAGCACCUCAGAACAGAGAAAGGAGGCAAAAAGCACCAAGUCACAAACAAAACAGGAAAAAAUUGGUUUCAAGAAGACAAAGCCUUGCAGAUGCUGGGAUGGCAUGGAAAUCUGGCAUAAGGCGAAGCACCAGAAUUAGGUCAAGGCCUCUGCAGUAUUGGCUCGGGGAAAGAUUCUUAUAUGGGCGCAUACAUGACAGCUUGGCAACAGUCAUUGGGGUGAAGUACGCAUCACCAGGUAACCCAGCGCUGAAGGUUAAGUCAUUUGUCUCGGAGGAAUAUGCAGACCUCGUAGCUCAAGCAGGACUCCAUUGAGCUGAUACUUUUCCGUUUCCUCUUUAUGACAGCUAUUCUAGUAUGCUCCUCACCCUAAUGACCUGUCUGUUAGUCACCCUGAAGUGUUGUCUAAAGGGUACAGAUAGAUUGUAGUUCAAUUUUGGAACUUGGCCGGCAACGGUAUUUUGAGCUAAAUGUCAAGUCUCCUGUAACUUGUAAGGUAUCAAUAUUGCAUUGAUAUUCUUUAUGCUUUCUUAUCAAAAAAAAAUUCUUUA